CGAAGCCGCGAUGAGGCGGGACGUGCGGAUCCUGCUGCUGGGGGAAGCCCAGGUGGGGAAGACCUCCUUAAUCAUGGCGUUGGUGGGUGAGGAAUUCCCUGAAGAGGUGCCCCCGCGGGCGGAAGAGAUCACAAUCCCAGCAGACGUCACUCCCGAGAAGGUUCCCACCCACAUCGUAGACUAUUCAGAAAUGGAGCAGACGGAAGAAGAGCUCCAGGAGGAGAUUUCCAAGGCAAACGUGGUCUGCAUGGUGUACGACGUGACGGAGGAGUCCAGCGUCGACAAGAUUCGGACAAAGUGGAUUCCCUUGGUGAACGGCGGGGCCGAAAAAGGCUCCAGAAUCCCCAUCAUCCUUGUGGGAAACAAGUCGGACCUGCAGACGGGCAGCUCUAUGGAAACCAUCUUGCCCAUCAUGAACCAGUUCUCAGAGAUCGAGACCUGCGUGGAGUGUUCAGCGAAGAACCUGAAGAACAUCUCAGAGCUCUUCUACUACGCCCAGAAGGCCGUUCUGCACCCGACAGCCCCGUUGUACGACCCAGAGGACAAGCAGUUGAGGCCAGCCUGCGCACGAGCCCUCACUCGGAUAUUCAAUAUGUCUGACCAAGAUAACAACCAGAUCCUAAGCGACGAGGAGCUGAAUUAUUUCCAGAAGUCCUGCUUCGGGAACCCCUUGGCCCCCCAGGCGCUGGAAGAUGUGAAGAUGGUGGUGUGGAAGAACACAACGGAUGGCGUCCAGGACAACGGCCUGACGCUUAACGGCUUCCUGUUCCUCAAUACCCUCUUCAUCCAGAGGGGGCGCCAUGAGACCACGUGGACCAUCUUGCGCCGCUUUGGCUAUGACGAUGCCUUGGAGCUGACCGACGACUACCUGUGCCCGCUGAUCCGGGUGCCUCACGACUGCUCGACGGAGCUCAACCACUUCGGCCACCAGUUCCUGCAGAAGGUUUUUGAGAAGCAUGACAAGGACCGUGACGGCGCCCUCUCCCCGGCCGAGCUGCAAAGCUGCUUCAGCGUCUUCCCCUACGUGCCCUGGGGGCCCGAGCUCUACCACACGGUAUGCACCACAGAUAACGGCCUGCUUUCCCUGCACGGAUUCCUCUGCCAGUGGACGCUGGUGGCCUACCUGGACGUCCAUCGAUGCCUGGAGCACCUGGGUUACCUGGGCUACCCCAUCUUCUCUGAGCAGGAUUCUCAGGUCCACGCCGUCACAGUGACCCGGGAAAAAAGGACUGACUUGGAGAAGGGCCAGACUCACCGGAACGUUUUCCUGUGCAAAGUGAUCGGAUCCCAGGGGGCCGGCAAGUCCUCCUUCCUGCAGGCCUUCCUCGGAAAGAACCUAGCGGCCCAAAAGAAGUCCCCGGGCAGGCAGACGGUCUAUACAAUCAACACAGUUCAAGUCAACGGCCAAGAGAAGUAUUUAAUACUGCAGGAGAUCGACGUGGAGGCGGAGUUCACGAAGGCGUCCGACACCUCUUGCGACGUGGCCUGCUUACUGUACGAUGUGACGGACUACAAGUCUUUCAACUACUGCGCCAGUAUUUACAAGCAGCACUACAUGGACGGCCAGAUCCCGUGCCUCUUUGUGGCUGCCAAGUCGGAUCUGCCGCAGACGUCGCCGCAGCGGGGCCUCUCGCCGGCCGAGUUCUGCUACAAGCACCGCCUGCCGCCGCCAAUUUAUUUCACCUGCAACGGCCACGGGGCACCCAGCCCCGCCGUCUACGCCAAGCUGGCCACGGCGGCUACCUUCCCGCACCUGAACGACAUCGACCUGGGAGCCGCCUCCUUCUGGAUCCGGGUCGCCUUGGGGGCCACAGUGGCCGCUGUGGUCGGGGUCACCCUCUACAAGGCCGUGGCAAAGAACAAGUGAAAGGAGG